UCGUCAUGACUGGGGCACCAAAAAAAUAGUACACAUUUGACACAUCGUCAACAAUAAUUUCACAGGUGUUUUGGAGUACUCUGUCAUAAUUGCUUUCCAUGUAGAUUAAUGAGGUUGUUAAUUCCACCGUUGACCAAUUAUUUAGAGUUUACAGAAUAUUCACUGUUGUGCGAUUACCGUUAUAGCUGGCUGUAAUCUAUGAAUUUGGGCGUAUUUAACAGAGUUAAUCUAAAGGAUUCUGGAGGAGGAAUGUAUUCCGAAUGGGCUUCCCUCAGUCCCUUGAUUCAGAGAGGCUCAGACGAAAGCCGGAGUGUUCUCGAGAAAUUUUCACCAGGAGCUGGUCGUGAAGUUGCUCUGUCAGUCGUCAAACAAUUGGCAGCAAAUCUCGGAAUUUCCCAAGCCGCUGAGACCAGCCCUCUGAAUACUGAUAAAGAGGUCCAGUGGUGCAUGGAGGUCAUCUGCUUUGGACUAUCUCUACCUCUAGCUGAACACGAUACAGUCCGUGAUUGUGUCAAUGUUUACUGCGAAUGGCUCUCUGCCCUGUACACAUCACCAAAGAUUUCCGUUCCAAAACCAAUUAUUGAAGAUGCUAAUUUUUAUGCCAGAAAAAUAAUAAGCCACUUUCAUAAUCUGUUCGUUCCGAGGAAGGGCGAAGUCUGGCCGUUUUUAUAUCUGGAUAUAGGUACUGAUACGAUAAACAGACAAGCUGUGUUGUGUCACCGAGUUCUCAGGACACUCCAGCAAGUGGCGAGGGGACCAGCCACUCUCGAUGGCGAGACUUGGGAAAGUCUGCUCCUGUUCCUCAUCGGUAUCAAUGACUCCUUGCUAGCUCCUCCUGCCGUCCGAGAGGAUGCUGGUGAGCAGCUCUGUGAGAGAGUUCUCGGGGUUUUACUUGAGGUGUGGCUGGUGGCUUGCGAGAAAAAAUUUCCAUCCCCACCACUGUGGCGAACCUUACGAGAAUCCUGUCUCCGCUGGCGACACCGUCUAGCAUUAAUAGAGCAAUGGAAUCGAGUUUGCCUCGCUCUCACUGCGAGACUCUUGAACAUCAUGUAUGGACCAAUGUUCCCUGGAUUGAAAAUUAGUGACGAGGAUGCUCAACUCAUACCCCCAACCAUGUCCGAUGAGGCUGUUGCUCAGGCUUGGUAUCGCCUGCUGCGGACGGUUGGUGAUCCGGUGGAUCUGUGUCGACCAGCUGUCGUUUCCCAGACACAAGCCUUCCUCCAGUACGCAAUCACCAGCCCCACUGUCAUCGAUCCCUGUCAGCAUCCAUGUCUCCAGGCACUACCUCAGAUAUUUUUGAAGGCUAUCAAAGGCAUUGCAGGACAGGUCGAUGCAUUUCUUGGCAUCUCCCAAGCUUGUUGCUGGGAAGAAUGCUGCGCAACCUCUGGAAUAUCAAGCACUAGUUCAUCAGGAAUUGGUGGUACUGGUGGUGAUAAAAUAAGUAAGGACCAACCCCAACCCUCGCCCACACCUCCAACACAACGCAGACUUGCCAAAAGUUUCAGCGUUACACCGUCUGCUGUCACGAAGGGAAUUCCCAAGGCAUCGCUGAUAGGUUUGACGACAAGUAGAAUAUCGAACACACCGAUCAACAUCGCCAACUCGGGGCCUUCAUCAACGUCCAGCACAAUUUCUGCCACAUCACUCACCAACGAUAUUCGACCGCCUUUGGCUGCAGGUCGACCAAAAUGCAACACAGUUCUCCAUCUUUUCGGUGAAUGGCUCUUUGAAGCUGCAUUUAUUGGCACUGAUGGAUGGUCUCAGACUUUACCACAACCAGUGGGAGCGUCAAAACGACCAUCAUCUGUCCUAGUGGAAGGCCCCAAUUCCCUCCAGGAAACAAUUAAUGAAAUCCCCACAUCGCUGAGCAUCGAUCGUUAUGAAUCGGGGAAGGCAGAGGCCAUGGGCGCCCUUUGUCGGAUAUUCUGUGCAAAAAAGACUGGAGAAGAAAUUUAUCCAGUGUAUCUAGCGAGAUUCUACCAGGCGGUGCAUCGAGGACUCAGAGUUGACGAGAGUCGAGAGUGUGGAGAAACUCUCGCUAGUAUUCUAUCCAAUUCAGCUGAUCUAUUUCGACUGGAUCUGGAUGGCGUUGAAAUGCUCGCGCCUGCUGUUCUCACUGCCCUAGAACUUGUACUGCCUGAUAAAGAUUUAAAACUGAAAGCGUCGAAUGUAUCUAAGAUUGAACUUCGAAGGGCAUCUAUACAGAUGUUAAUAUCGAUGCUGGCACUGCCGUUACACUUUCAGAAUCUUCCAAUCCGCGAGUUUUCCCCUUCAUUGUUGGACAAUUUAGACAAGACUCCUUUGACAUUCGGUCAGCUCAAGCCCAGAUUGAUGAAUCUACUGAUAAAUGCUCUCCAAGUGGAGUCUGAUCCCCUGAAUACACAUAUGUUGUUAGGUGGUUUACUCCUGAGUGUGCAAGACUCAGCAACAGCAGAAGAAGUCGAACAGUCUAUUUUUCUCGAUGCAGUGGACAACGAAACGUCAACGAAUCUCUUGACGUCCGUCAGCAGCGACUCGACCAGUCAAAUAAGCAUUUGCAGUGACCUCCGCUCACUGGGGGAUGAUGGAUCCAACGUUCAGGAUGAAACCCCUGCUUUUGAUUCAGCUCAUGCUCUUUUUUUGAGAGCUACCUAUCUAGUGUGUCAUCGAUUGAUCUCAUCAUGGAAAACGGAUCUCAAUAUCUCUUUGGCUGCUCUUGAAUUGUUAUCGGGAUUGGCGAGAACGAAUAUUCGUGAAACUGCGAGGAGAUUAACAGAUUCUUUGGAAUGUAAACGUGCGGUUAAGUGGCUGUGCGAUUACAUAACUUAUCAAUGUUGGAGGCCACCCCCAGCUCAUUCGAAAGACCUUCACUCAUCGAUAGUGGCGGCCUUCGGGUGUCUGACCACGUGGCUAACAGCUCAUGCCCAACUCCUCCAGGACAAGGAUUGUCUGACAACAGUCCUGGAAGUUGUUGAAUUGGGGGUGUCAGGUACGAAGAGCAUUGGUAAGCCCGGGGAGCCGAUUAAAAUGAAAGAUGAGAAGGAGUUGAAACCGGCGUCGAUGAGAGUAAGAGACGCAGCGGAUGGUCUACUGACGAUUGUCCUGGAGCAAGUUGGAUAUUUUCCAAGUGCCUGUGGGGCUCAGUCCCUCUCAUCUCUCCUGGAUGAGGUCUCAAUCCUGGAGCACAGGCUGAAGGAAAAUCUCAGUCGGUCUCAGGCUAUCGAAAGAUUUCGCUAUUUUGUGGCUGAAAAUGCCACGAUGUUGGCUAUUCUCGAGGAAACACCGGAGAAUCUCGGGAACAGUAAUGAUCCUCAUCCGACUGUCACUCUUGUCGUCAGAGGACCUUUCGGGAGACACGCCUGGACAAUGCACCUCCGACACCUUCCCAGGCACAAGUCAGGGGCGAAGAGCAUCAAUCCGAAUCCUGGCAGGCCCCUACCACUUGCUGAGGCUCUACCUCGGACUGAUUAUAAACCCAGAUUUUUUCCUGAUAAUGUUGAUAAAAUUCCUCACUGCAAGGUGGACGAAUCAAUCCCGAGUCUAGAAGCAGUGAUGAACGACAACAGUUCCGUGAAAGAAGAGCACGACCUUCUAUCCCACAUCCUAUCCACCCAAAUGUCGAUAGAAAAUCAGAUCGACGAGGAGUCGAGAACAACAACAACAGAAAAAGAGAGUUAUCAGGAAUGCCAGUCACCAGCCAAUGCCCAAGAAUUCCAGACAGCGCGUCUCUUCCUGAGUCACUUCGGUUUCAUCAACUUCGACUCCCUCGGCCUGGACGAUACCGAUCGCCCCUUGGGUAUAACAGCCCUGGAUCCAUCGAUUCCCGGUUUCUGCGCAGACCUAGAGAGUCUCGACAACACAACCUCGAGAACCUGCGACACUGUCCACAUAUUCUACGUUAAAUCCGGGCAAAAAACCGCAGGGGACAUUCUCUCGAACAUUCUGAGCAAAGCCACCAUCUCCGACGACUUCCUGGAAUUCCUGAACUCCCUAGGUUGGCCAGUGAGGGUCAGAGAUCAUGCAGGAUGGACAGGACACGUCUCGACUUCCUGGAAAAUCCUGGACACCAAUUCAUCCCACACCGAGACAAUUCAAUCAUCAAGCAUCUGCUACAGCGGUGAGAAUCACGUUCUCUACUGGGCUGACGUCAGCUCGGAGAUAGCCUUCAUCGUCCCCACAGCUUCAUCGAGCACAGGUAACAGCCAAGUGUCUGAUUGCCUGGAGGAUCAGGGAAUAUGCAGCAGUGACUGCAGCAGCACGAAUUACAGUGGCACUUACGAGAGAAGUAUGAGUGAUUUGAGACCUGCAUCGAGGCUGGACAGUGGAUCCAUCAAUCCUCAGUGCUCACAGAGUUCCAGGACAAUGUCCCUGGACCUGGAGAAACAGCCCUCCAGUCUGACGAGCUCAGGACCACCGAGUGUCUCCUCCAAUUCCGAUUUUCCAGUGAGAUCCAGGAGGACUAAUAAGCAUUCCCUUCCUGGGGGAAUGGAGACCAAAAUCAUGGUCGUCUGGCUGGAGAGUCUGGAGGAUUAUGCGCACUUUCCUGUGGAUCAAUUGCUGCCAUAUGCCAGCACUGGGCUCGAAUCCAGGGCCUCUCAGGCAUCCGAUGUUCUCGUUAUCUAUUUACACUCUUUGUCCAGUGGACUUCUCAGGGUCAAGCUCCAGGGGCCAGUCUCCAGGAUAAAUCUGGCGACUCCUUUGGUCGAUGGGAUGCUGGUAUCAAGGAGAGUCCUGGGGACUCUUGUCAGACAGACUGCUGUCAAUAUGGCGAGGAGAAAGCGGCUGGAUAAUGAUAGCUACCAUCCCCCUCAUGUCAGGAGGAGGCUCAAGGUUCAGGAUAUGAUGCAGAAGUAUAAACGAGAUCUAUCCCAGCCCGAGUUGCUGACACUAUUGUUUAAUAAUCCUGUUUUUCAGUGAAAAUUAAAGAUUUUGAUAGUGCAACG